AUGACGAUCAUGAACACUAUUGAUAAAAUCUUCUCAAUAGCUUAUCAAUUCUUUGAUCAAUAUCGUAUGAGUAUUUCAAUUCUAUCUGGACUAGUAAUUAUCUCAUGGAUUUAUAAUAAAUUUCGAGUUAAUCGACCAUUCUUUUCAAGUAAAUGCUCGAUGAAUGGUAAAACUGUUCUUAUUACUGGUGGUGUUAGUGGUAUUGGCUAUGAAACAGCUAAAGAUCUGCUUCAACGAGCUGUUCGAUCAAUUGAUUGGUCAGAUGGAUUUACACAAUUUAAGAAUUUUCGUUUAUGGGGUGCUUAUCCAGUAUCAAAAGCAUUUAUGCUAUUAUUUACCUAUAAACUCAGAUAUGAUCUAGAUUUGAAUGAUGUUGAUGUUUUCGCAGUCAAUUCUAGUUGGGUACGGACAUCAAUUCAAUCACCAAUGCAAGACGCUAUUGGAUUUAUUCCAUUUAUGAUUUGUUAUCCGAUAUUGUAUAUACUUAAAUUUAUCUUAGCUAAAACACCGAAGACAGGCGCACGAACAAGUAUUUUUUGUGCUGUUGAACCAUCUCUACGACAUUCUCAUGACUUCUAUUUUGAAGAUUGUGCUAUUGAAACAGUUUCAUCUCUAUGUACAAAUCAUACAUUGGCUAAUCAUUUGUGGAAAUUAAGUUGCGAAGCAGUUGGAAUAUAA